GGAGAGGUCCAUCAGAGCUGCCAAGAGUCAAGGUGGUUCAUCUUCAAGUAGAGCAUUUUGUGCCUCUGUCACUAUUGGCAUCGGUGAUACCACAUUAAAUGCCUAUAUCCAAGACUUACUGUCAGAGGUAAUCAAGCAACUGUUGCCACUGGACUUAAUGAAGUCUCUACCUAAGACAAUCAAAGGCAUAAACAAGCUUUUAAAAAGCAGAGAAGACCCACAUAUAAUUGGACACUUGGAAAACAAGGUUGACAACAAUGAUAUGCUCAAACUGAUGCAAAGUAUGACACGUUUGGCUAUUGAAAAAAUUAUAUUUCUUCCAACGUUGAUGAGAUUUUCACCUGAUGAUGUGGUCUAUCUUUCUCUCCCAGUUGAAAUUGGCAUAGAAGGUAAAAGCACUGGGAAUGGUUUAUUUGGAGCAUCAGUGAAAGUCAAGGUAGAUGUUAUAUCUAAGCUUCUAUGGGAUCCUUCCAAAGAACAAAUAUUCACCGCUGAAGUUUCCAAAAUUUCCAUGAAUGAAAUUCAAAUCAAACCACAGAAAAGUCUAGCUGAUCCAGUUAAAAAGAACAUGCAGUUUAUGCUCGGGACAAUUUUGAUUGAUGUGAUCCAUCAGUGCACUCAACUGGUGGCUGAUCUUCUUAACGUCUCAUUUACGAGUAUGCUCAAUUCUGCAGCUCCAGUUGGGGCAUUUGAGGCCAUCCAGUAUGAUCUAACAGGUUCCCCCACGGUAACUGCAAAACAUUUCCUGGUCCCAUAUCAGGCAACAUUCAAGAUUUCUCUACCAGGAAGACCACCCACAACCACACCAUUCCUUGUGAUGCCACAUUCUGGAACUAACCUGCACAUGGUCUUCAGCAAGGAUUUUAUUAGCUAUGGGAUUGCUGCUAUGACAGGUGGAAGCAGUGCCACACUUAACAAAGAAGCAGGGGAGAAAUGGCUCAUGACAACUGCAUUAGCAAAUGCAAUUCCUAAGAUAUCUAAGUGUUUUCCAGCUCCACAGCCUGUGGUAAUACAGACAAGAGGCUCAACAUUCCCGCUUGUUUCUAUGGAUAAUCAGAACAUUAAAGUGGAACAAGGUCUUUUCACUGAGGUGCUUGUACGUGGUCAGUCUGUUCUACACUUGGAAGUUAGCAUAACCUUCCAAGCAAAGCUUUCAGCUUCUAAUGGCAAAUUAUUCAUUAUAUUGUCACAAAACAGUUUUGACAUUCUUCAAGCAUCUUCUUCUGUUGGCCCUACCAAUAUGCAGAAGCUCUAUGACUACAUCAAUGAUGUUUACACAAACAGGUUUCUACCAGUUAUGAAUGGAAUGCUUCGCAGAGGGAUUAUAUUGCCUUCUGUUCUAAACAUCAGAUGGACAAAACUCAAUAUUGCCCUUUCUGAGGGUGGCCUGGUGAUAUCAAUGUGAUCAAUCCAAUGAAACUGCAAUAUCAACAUCAUCCAGUAAUCAGAAAACAUUAAAAGAGAUCAAAAUUCAUGUUGAUAAUAGU